ACAAAUGCAAUCUCACAUCAAAGUUGUUAGUUCACCACGAUGGAUGCGUUCGCACUAAUUUCUUUAUCUGCGGUGUUACUUUCGAGUACAAGUUGUGUAAAUUCACUGGAAUUGAAAAGUGUUGAAGAAGGCAGCUGUGGUACAUAUCCUUCACUUCCUAUCAACAUGACUUGGUUAUUACAAAAUGCUGCAAAUAUAAAAUAUUUUGGCGGAGGUAGCAAGUACAAUGUAUAUUCGGCUACCGCUCAGCUCCCCAACUUGUUCCCUUCGCUGAGAGAAUUUGAGCUGUACUACGACUCGUGUUUCGAAGGUACUAUAAAUCUAUCAAGUGGAAUAGGCUCACUCUAUGGAUUCGGAGAACUGUUAGGUGAUUUCAAAAUCCGUCCAGGCGAUCCUGAAACUGAACCGACAGCUCUUUAUUUCGUUAAAAUUGGUCAGCCCCAGCUCACACUACGACAUCAAGUUACACUAACCGAUUACAAAAGCUUCAUUUUCUUCGCCAACUGUUGGACGGAUAGCAAUCAACGGGCAUGGAGUUUCGCAACGUUUAAACCGAAUCUAGACGAAGAAGCUAUACGAAUGAUUGAAGCACAUGCAGAGCAGUUAGGAUUUCAGAGGGAAAAUUUUGUUUUCUUCCGUUAUGACACUUGUCCAUCUUCUGAAGAAGAUGUCAGUCACAAUUAAAUUAUUACUUUUUUGGGAAUAAAUGGUUUUAAAAGAGGAUGUCACCUCCUA